AUGAGACGAUCUCGAAUCGCUAUUCUGCUGUUGACCGUGGUCGCUCUCAGUUGCACCGCAGUUCACGCCGAAAGUCGCGCGGUGUCUCACGCCGUAAAUGACGCUGGAAGCGGCAGUAAGGAGGCGUCCGUUUUUGAAAGAUCAUCCAGAGCAGCGUUGUCGGACGUACCGGACAGUGCGGCGGGAACUUUCGACGAAGCGCUCGGGUUGAAUAUUCCGGAAGGGCGCGCUUUUAUUGCCACGCUCGUCGUCGUCGCGCGAUCAAAUGCGACGGGUGGCGACGCUUCUGCUCCUGCGGGAGCUGCCCUUGGCAAUUCGUCGUUGUCUCCGGCCACAUUCAUCUACGACGUUGCGUACGUUCCAACAAACAACACCGCCAAAAGUACAGUUCCCGCCCCUCCUCCACCUUGCCCACCCUCCCCUUCGCAAGUUCCCCCCUCGCCCCUUCCCCCUGGUAAUCCUUUCCCCACAAUCUCCCCCUCCCCCGAGAAAUCCCAACCCUGCAAUCCGCAAACUCCCCCCUCCUCCCCCGGAAAUUCCUCCCCUCCCCCUUCCCCCUCCCCAACUCCCCCCACUAACAACUCCCAAACCCCCGGGCCAGCAGGUGCCAGAGGUUCGGCAGCCGCCUCGGCAGCAGGUUCGGCAGCAGGCUCGCCGCAGGGCAUCGACUAUGUGUUUCCAUCUUCCACCCCCUCCUGCUCCUCCGGCCCCUACGUGUCGAUGCUCUUCAUCCCUCUCAAGCCCUCAUGCCCCAGUCCCCCCAAUACAAGACAACUCACUGUAAUCACGUAUAAAAACAUUCGCUAUCUUCGCCUGCGGUUUGGGGUGCCCGGAAAAGGCUGUCAGCGCCUUUACAAGUUUCAACUGCCCCACUUUUUGGGGCGGCUAGUGAAAGGACCGGUGACAAUGCGGGUGUGUGCUCAGGGCACGCCAAAAAAGAACUCGUGUGGUGUUAUGACUCUCACUGCUGCUGUUCCUUCUUGUAGACGGUAA